AUGACGGGGACCUCCGACAAAGUUCCCAUUGCCCUGGUGGGGCCUGAAGACGUUGAGUUUUGCAGCCCCCCGGCGUACGCCGCCGUGACGGGGAAGCCCUCCAGCCCCGCGCGGCUGCUCAAGGUCGGAGCCGUGGUCCUCAUCUCGGGGGCGGUGCUGCUGCUCUUCGGGGCCAUCGGGGCCUUCUACUUCUGGAAGGGGAGCGACAGUCACAUUUACAAUGUCCAUUACACCAUGAGCAUCAAUGGGAAAUUACAAGAUGGGUCAAUGGAAAUAGAUGCUGGGAACAACUUGGAGACCUUUAAAAUGGGAAGUGGACCUGAAGAAGCAAUUGAAGUUAAUGAUUUCCAGAAUGGCAUCACAGGAAUCCGCUUUGCUGGAGGAGAGAAAUGCUACAUCAAAGCUCAGGUGAAGGCUCGCGUUCCUGAGGUGGGCACCGUGACCAAACAGAGCAUCUCCUCUGAACUGGAAGGCAAGAUCAUGCCAGUUAAAUAUGAAGAAAAUUCUCUUAUCUGGGUGGCUAUAGACCAGCCGGUGAAGGACAACAGCUUCUUGAGUUCUAAAGUCUUAGAACUCUGUGGCGACCUUCCUAUUUUCUGGCUUAAACCAAUAUAUCCAAAAGAAAUUCAGAGAGAAAGAAGAGAAGUGGUAAGAAAAAUUGUUCCAACUACCACAAAAAGACCACUCAGUGGACCACAGGGCAACCCAGGCCCUGGAAGACCGAAUAAUGAAACUAGACCCAGUGUUCAAGAGGACUCAGAACCCUUCAACCCGGAUAACCCCUACCACCAGCAGGAAGGAGAAAGCAUGACAUUCGACCCUAGACUGGACCAUGAAGGAAUCUGCUGCAUAGAAUGUAGGCGCAGCUACACCCACUGCCAGAAGAUCUGUGAACCCCUGGGGGGCUAUUAUCCAUGGCCUUAUAAUUAUCAAGGCUGCCGUUCAGCCUGCAGAGUCGUCAUGCCAUGUAGCUGGUGGGUGGCCCGUAUCUUGGGCAUGGUGUGAAAUCACUUCAUAUAUCAUGUACUGUAAAGUAAAAAUUAACUGAAGAGACAACCAAAGAAGCAUGAGGCAUGUUGAUGCCGAAGGGAUCACAAAGUAUUUUUAUAACUCAACCUAAGCGAUGUUAUU